GUGUGGUGUGAAGUGUUCAUGCUGUCGCUUUGAUGAGGUUGCUAACUUGCUGUUGAGUUUCUGACCGUCGUCAAGAUGGAUCAGUGCAAAAUUAGGAGGUGCCUGAGCUCCGAAAUGCGUGCGUGAACACAAAGGUCCUCUGAGACUGUGGGUAGCCCACAGCUUUCCAUGGCCCCAGUUCGGUCUAACACCAUCGCCGCGUCCCCCGACCGCGUCGAGAGCAUCGCCCUGGCGUCGAACCUCCUCGCCGUGCACAGCACCGGCGUCUGUCCUGUCCACCGGCCAGCCGCUGACCCCGCCGUCUCCGCGCAGGCCCCGCGCCUAUCGCCUCCCCGCCAGCCGGGCCGCGGGAAGCCCGGCCGACGCCGAUCCGGUCCCCGCCUCCCUGGCAGCCUGCGCGCCGCCCAGUGAGCCCACAAAUACGUUGCUGGCUUGGGAGUACACUAGGACAAUUUACUUUGUCUCGGAGAUGGCUGAUGGUGAUUCAUCUGACUUCACCUUCUGCAAGGUUAGUUCUGCAGAAAAUGGUGGACAAUUAGGACCUCCUAAAGCCAUUCCUGUGUCAAGCAUUGAAAAGAAGAAUGCCACGAAAACUAAUGAUUCAGAUAAAGAUAGAAGGUCUGGUAGCAGCAUCAGCAUCAAUACAUCGACGCAAAACUAUAACAUGAAAGAUCCAGUUACACAAACAAGUAGUGGAGCAGAAUCAAAUGUGCCAUCUCAGGGAGAACCUUCAUCGAAGAAACCUGUAGUGCGAGCAAAAGUUCCUUUCGAGAAGGGCUAUAGCCAAAUGGAUUGGCUAAAGCUGACACGUACGCAUCCUGAUCUAGCAGGGCUUAAGGGGCACUCAAACCGAAGGUUAAUUUCUUUGGAAGAAGUUAAACAGCAUAAAACGGGAGACUGUAUUUGGACAGUUCUUAAAGGUCGUGUAUACAACAUUGCUCCAUACAUGAAAUUUCAUCCUGGAGGAGUUGAUAUGCUUAUGAAAGCCACUGGAAAGGACUGCACUGCUUUGUUCAAUAAAUACCAUGCUUGGGUAAAUGCAGAGUUCCUGUUGGAGAAGUGCCUUGUCGGAUUCCUUGAUCCCAACGAGUAGAUCUGCACAGUUCGGGCCAGAAUAGCAUCCAGUACAAUUUAUGUACCCUUGGACUCCUGGUGCAGUGGUGCUUAUGUGCAUUGGUCGAUGAAUAUGUGAUUAUUAAUUUUGUUUCAAAAAGGAAGAGGCAGGAAUAAAUUAAGUGACGUGUACAAUUUGAGUAUCAUUGGUCCUGGAGAUGAGAGAAAAUCCAGCAGUAUAGUAUGUCCAUAAUAUACAAGGUAAACUACAAGCCUGACGGAAUAUAUGCAGGCACAGCAAGAGCAUUGUCAAAAUGAUGGCCAAACUUAAGUCCCGUUGAAUUUUAGGUUAUGGUUGAAUGCAUAUGUUCAUUAAAA